UAUAAGAACACUCUCCUACGACUUUUUGGCGGUGUUUUGGAAUUAAAUGUAAUGGUAGUAAUGAGUAUGAAUUUGCAAGCAUGAUGCACGAUCUCAAAAAUAGUCAGUACUUAUGUUAUUAUUUUAAAGCCUUACUACACAUUUGAUACUGUUUUUGACAAAACCAUGUAGUACAGGUUGCUAUCAGUGAAUUUAUAAAUAUGGAAAACAUUGUUUUUUAUUAUUUAUACAAUAAUACCUUCAUUCCCCCUUUACUAAAAUACUUGGUGACAAAGUUAAAAAGUUUAAGGGUGCAGGUGUGUGCUUCACUGGAACGAACAUUGCAACAAGCUGGUGAGCUGUAUAACAAUGUUGAUUAGCAGCAGCAUGAUCAUCUUGAUCUCCAUGGUGGGCAAAAUAUCAUCAACAAUAUUUGUUUGAUUAACUAUAUAAAUCAACAAGUACAAAGGUUUACACAUGGGACAGCUAAGCCAAUUUUGACAGUCCACUUUUGACUUUAAGUGUUAUGUAAACUGUUGAAAUACUUUGCUUAUAAUGUCUCUUUUUCCUGCGUAUCAAAAAGACCCAAGUGAAGACACUUCCAAAAAUGAUUAUGAUACCAGUAAUCAUCAGGACAAACAUGUCAAUGAAAAACCAGGGUGGCUUGAAAAUUCAAGUUACCAAAAAAUAUCUGAGUGUCUACACUCGUUGCCAGAAUGUGAUACUUGGACUGAUAGUUCUGAUGAAGAUCUUGAUCCUACAAAAUCCAAUGAUGGCAUUGAUCACGUGGCAGAUGUAUGUAUUGAUGAUGUUGAAAUUAACAAGCCAAAUAAAGGUCAUGAUUCUCGUAAGGUCUCCAAAAAACAAAAGAAGCAUUUGGAGAAGAGUCGACCAUUUGCAAAUGAUUUAUGUUACGAAGAUAAAAGUAGGAAUACGAGACUUUCUUCUCUAGAAACUCUAGAGAGGGCUGUGAGACCCAGUUAUAAACUGUCCAAAUACAAACUAAAUCUUAAGGAUUACAAGAGAAUUAAAAAGGGCCGCUUUCAAAGGUAUUAUUUAGUCAAUGUAGAUAAUGCAGACAGUUCCACAAAAGCAGAUACAAAAACGGCAGCUGAACAAACAUCGACAACAACAUCGGAAGUCGAUGAAGUACUCAGCAAUGAAAAAAAAAGACAAAAUCUUGAAUUUGAAAGCAAGGUAAAACUGCAGACCAAGGAUUUGAGCAAAAAACUCGCAGAAUGUCCCACUGAUACGAAUACCUGGCUUGAGUACGUAUCGUUACAGGAUCAAAUUGUCCAGCUCAUGCCAUGCUCCUCUGGCAAAAAAAAUCUCAAGCAAAUGAUCAAUCAAAAAAAAUUAUCCGUUGUGGAAAAAGCUUUGGCAUCGAAUCACGAUUCUGUUGAGCUCCUAAAGACAAAGCUGCAAAUAAUGUCUGAACUCUUGCCAGCUGAUCAGAUGGCGGAGCAAAUAGAAGCAAUGGUUAAGAAGGACCAAAAAAAUAUUGUCCUGUGGCAGAGCCUCAUUAUGGUUGUUCAAACGUCAUGUGCCCUCUGCAAAGUCUCCAAAGUAUUGAACCUGUACACCAAAUGCUUCCCAAUACUGAAUCAAAAGACCAAAACAAAUCCAAGGCUGUACGAGAAGCAGGCUCUUGAAGUACUGUACCAGUGCUUGACCUUCUUGCGCAAUGCCGGUCUGUGGGAGCAAAUGUGGGAAAUCAUGAGAUUUAAUUUGUGCCUAAAUCUUGCCUUGGAGCACGAAGCUCUGAGAAAAGUUCAACCGGUUGACGAGAAGACCCUCAUGAGCAUGGAGGAGCUCAUACUGACUUCCAAGCUUCCAUUGAAUCAGUUGUGGCUGCGCAUCGAGUCGCUCAGGGAGAGCUGCCACUGGACCAGCGUCGACGUCAACAGCGUCGACAUCAAUCUUAUUGGCGACGACAAACGAUUGGUGUCCGCCGAAGACGUUAGCGACUUCAUCUAUCCCACGAUAUCGAAAGACUCCAACUUCCGUAUGGUCAUCUUGUUCAUCUUUUCCCUAAAAGUCCCUCUACUGCCUAGUCGCCACUGCGUACUCGAGGAUUUCAAUUUCGAGGAACACUGCUGGAACAUCGACUCCCUGGAGUUCGUCUUACCGAUGAUCUACUCGACAAUUCAGGUUGCAGCUGGAGAACAGUCGGAGAACUGUCUAGCCGGUAACCGUACGUUGAUGAGAGACUUGCUCGAGGGGAAGCUGACGGCAGGUCCCCAGUGCCUGAGGUAUCAUCCUGCUCGGGCAUCGUUUUUGGACUUGAUCCGAACCGUGUUCGGCACGGCGGCGCAGAACUUACCAGACCCCCAGAGGACUGGCGUCUACGUUUGGUGGCUGCGCUUCGAGAGGCUGCUUAUUUUUUUGGCCAAGCACGACACCCUGGAGGAGACAACGGCAGUAGCGGCGAACAGGAACAAAAAGCUCAAGUCCAUGGUGAAGAAUUUGCUGAAAAAACCCGAGCACCGAAACAAUCUCCAUUUUUAUCGGGAGUUUGCCCUGAUCGAGCUAGAACUUGGUGCUCGCGACACUGCCCUGAGGAUAUUGAGAACGGCUAUUUCUUCUCAAACUCAAUCGGCGGGGUCGCAUCUGAGCCUCGAUGAAAAAUCGGCGCUCUUCAGUUUGUACAGGACAAUUUUUGAAAUUUUACUCGGCUCGAAAAGUGAAGAGAGUGCAGACGUCGAGGUCUUCCAAGAGGUAGCUGAGAACAUUGCCAAGCUUAUUGCCCAUAAUGCCAACUACGCCCAUGACAUGCCCCUGGAAGAAAUGCUGUACAACGAAGUAUUACAGUUCCUAACGAGUCCGGCACAGGACGAAGCUGAUGAUGCAUUUUUGCUUCCAAACAUCAACUGCGACACACUUGUUUGUUACACGUACUACUUACUAUUGAAUAACGAUCAAACCGUCGACGCGAGCGAUAUCUUGGAUCUGUUUGACAGAUGCUUGGGGCAUUGCGACAAGUGUCCCCGCUUAAAAGAGAGGUUUUACGAGCUUAAAGUUUUGUUUUUGCAGUUUUACCACGGUCGUGUGAAAGAAAGUCGCAUCAACGGUAACAACAACAACAACAACAACGACACCAAUGGCCUGCUGAGUGCAACCGUCACGGAAGCUCUUGGAGAAUUUCCCAACAAUUUCCAUUUGUUGUCUACCAAUGCAUUGAUCGAAAAUGAAUUGCCGUGUUGGAAGAUAAGGACGUGCACCGAGAAAAACGUCAACGUCUGGUCGGUACUGGCAAAGUGCUUAGCUGGAAAAGCUCGUAUCACGAAUUUAAAAAGCAUCGGGCUGACGGAUUCUGCAGACGCUAUGGUCAACAAGAUGCUGUCUUUUCACAAAACAGUUUCUCAAAUGAAAAAGGUGCGGGAUUGCCCUUUGAUCUGGAAGUUUCGCAUGUUAUUGCUACGAGACCACAAUUUGUGUGAGAAAAAAGGCGAAGAGAUAUAUUACGAGGCCGUUAAUCAGUGUCCCUGGGCCAGAAGUGUUUAUUUGAAUGCCGCGGAAAUCGCUCCACAGAUUUUAUCGCAGAUUCAAGAUUUAAUGAAGGAAAAAGAAAUACGAAUACACGUUACGCCCGAAGAGUUGGAUAUUUUGAGGGAGUAAGCCUCUCUUGUUUUCUGUUAAACGAAAUAAUGUAUUGUUGUAAAUUUUUUCUGUUUAAUAUAUCAUCAUUACAUGUAAAUAAUUUUUUUUGCUAACACGUAACACAUACUAUAUGACACGUGCGCGGUUUCUAGUUCCGAUAUAAACGUGCAGAA